GUGGGUUGUUUCUUUGUCUCCCCAUGAUUUCUCUUCUCCGGGUGUCUGGUUAUGUAGUUCUCAUUCUCCCGCCUUGAUGUAAAGGCACAAAAUACAACACAACAAGGUACAACGCACAAGGCACUGAACACAAAUGUAUUCACAAUAUUUAUAACCCCAAAUAAAGGUGACCACCAGAGAAAGGUGAAUUAGAGGAUAGGAAAGAAAGAAGAAGAGAAAGAAAGAAAAAAAAAAGGAGUGCAAAGUGAAAUUGGGAAAAGGAAAAAAAAGUAAGAGAGAAAAGAAAGAGAAUAAAAAAGAAGAGGGGAACACACUAUAUAUAUGGGGAGAAAACUCCAAUAGAACAGCCACUAAUCCCAACAAAUGCCAGCAACAAAUACCUGGAGAUGAAUGCAAACUACAAACAACAACUAAUAUCAAGUGAGGUGGGGGAAAACAGAAGCAAAAAAGAAAAAGCAAAGCAAUCUCACAAACAAGAUUAAAAAAAUUGAUAUAAUCAACAAUCAAGCAAACAACAACAAAAGGACAGAAAGGAAAAAAAAUUUUUUGGAUAGUGAAGAAAGAGAAGAGAGAGGUGUGUAUGGACUUGGAGCAGGGGAUUGGAAAUUAGAUAUAUAAGUAGGGUGAAAUUUUAACAGGAGGUAAAAGGAAGGCAUAGGGAAAAUCUAAAGCAAGAAUAUAGGGUAAGAGAAACAGGACAACAAAAGGGGAAAAGUGAGGAAGAGCGUGAUGGCAUAAAGGUAAAGUUGAGAUAGAGUAAAAUGAUGCUAAAGGAAAGAUGAAAAUAGAAUGUAGAACACUAGCUCUUCCGGGGAUGGUGACUUCAGUUUAGGUAUUCACCAUGAUCCAGCGUUUGACAUACCGUCAGAGGCUGUCCUACAAUACAGCCUCUAACAACACUAGACUGUCCCAAACCCCUGGUAAUAGAAUUGUUUACCUUUACACCAAGAAGGGUGGGAAAGCACCAAAAUCUGCAUGUGGUGUGUGCCCAGGCCGACUUCAAGGAGUUCGUGCUGUGAGACCUAAAGUUCUAAUGAGGUUGUCUAAAAUGAAAAAACGCAUUAGCAGGGUCUAUGGUGGAUCCAUGUGUGCUAAAUGUGUCCGUGACAGGAUCAAGCGAGCUUUCCUUAUUGAGGAGCAGAAAAUAGUUGUGAAAGUGUUGAAGGCACAAGCACAGAGUCAGAAAGCUAAAUAAAUUUUAAAAUGAAGCUUUUUUGAGUAAA